GAAGAAGAAGAAGGCGAGUCUUCCGUUUCCAGGGACAACAGGAAGUAGGCGUGUUGGGAGCAACGUGGGGAGGAUUUGGAUCCAAACGGGAGAAGACGGGAUGUUUUACUGCAGCAGCGGCGGUUCCGAUCCACUCAGCAUGUCUAAGAGCGGCAUCCUGAGAGGAAUCAUCACCGAGAAGCUGAGCACCGCCGCCCGGGAGAUCAUAGCGGUGGUGGAGCGGACCGUGGCCGACUACGAGAAGGAGGCGUCGGGCUUCAGACGGGAGAUCGACCGCCAGAGGAGGCAGCUGGAGCUGCUGCAGCCGCAGGUCAGGCUGACCAGAGGAGAUGUGGAGUCAGCUGAGAUUCACAAACUGACUGGGAGCCACUUUGAUGAUGAUGAUGAAGAGGAGGAGGAGGAGGAUCCAGUAGCAAUCUCCAAGGUGAUCCAAGAAGAUCUGAAGGACCCAGAUUAUGAAAUUCCACCAAGGUCCGGUUUCUCCAGAGUCCAGACCGCCAGAAGGAGGAAAAGAACCGGCCAAACUCGGAUCAGCGACUCUCAGAACCACCUGAACAAAACGCAGGUAAAGAUUGAAGUUGGUCAACAUCUCCCCUCCGAGUCUGCAGCUACCGACCCGGUGGUUCUGAAGAGCCAUGAAACCGGGUUCCAUACGAGCUUUGUCGGCACCACCAACGGGUCCAUCGGAUCAGCAGACCAACACCAGGAGCAGGAAGCCGAUCAGAGCAACACGGUCGCCAUGGAAACCCAGAUCUGCUGGAACCAAGUGGUGAAGGUGGAGGUGAAGCAGGAAGAAGGUUCUGUGGCUCAGCUCACGUUGGAUCCUGAUCCGACCGACGACGACAAAUCUGGACUACAAACCAGCUCUCCUGAAGGUGAGUCUGAUCCUGGAGGCGACGCUCUGUCCGUCAGCUCUACGUCCGAACUGGACGACCUGGAAUCGGACGAUGACUCCAGCGACUCCAGCAGUGACACGGACGAGUCUUUAGACGAAUCUGUCGACAACAGUCAGGACGUUGAGCCAAAGACACGGAGGAAAACCGACAAGCUGACAUGCAGAGUGUGUGGGAGUUGGUACAGGCAGCUGGGGAGUCUGAUCAGCCACAUCUGGAAUCACGUCAACGAGCCUCAUGGCGUCUGCGGCGUCUGUGGAGAGAAGUUUGAGUCCGUGGAUGCGUUAAAGCAACACCUGCCAAGUCACAAAAAGGGCUACAGCUGCUGGAUUUGUGGGAAGUACCUGCUCUCCAGCGUCACCCUCAACCGCCACAUCGCCAAGCACAUCACCGACGCUCCGAUUAAUCAGGUGGCGGAGACUCGGAUUAAAUGCAACCUUUGCAGCAAGACCUUCGCCACCAUGUCAGCCUUGAACGGGCAUAGCCGGGUCCACUUGGAAAAACGACCCACCUUGUGCCAUCUUUGUCCAAAAUCGUUUGACCGGAAGUCGGAUUUUGUAGCCCACAGCAAGCACCACGGCAGCGUCUAUGGCAACGCCUCGACGGGAAGCCUGGGCUACUCCUGCAAACUCUGUGGAAAGACCUUCGCACUGGAAACCUCCCUGAAGACGCACGAGAAAACCCAUGCAACGAGUGACUGCCCAUUCACCUGCCAAAUCUGCCACAAGACUUUCCAAACGUACCAGAACCUGAUGAACCACAGGAAGACUCACGGCACGGUCGGCUCGUUUGUUUGCAGCCUGUGCAACAUGAGCUUCCUGUCCGAAGACACGCUGAAGGUCCACAUGAUCGUCCACUCCAACGAGAAGCCGUACAAAUGCUUACAGUGCGGGCGCUGCUUCAAACGGCUGGCCUACCUGGUCAACCACAUCAAGACUCAUUCAGCCAUCCAGCAGUGUGUCUGUACCAUCUGUGGCCAGGUGAGUAAUGGACAGGAAGCCCUGGAGGACCACAUGAGGAUCCACACCGGGGAGAUCCCCGUAGAACAGAACCUUCACCUAGAUCCAUGGUAUGAAAACACGGUGGAGGAACCACAGGGAAGUUCACUGAUGUCUGGAGGACAAGAGAGCCACAGUAUAAUUUAAACCUGCUUUAAAACAAUCCUGCACACUGUGCUGGAAAACCGUCACACUGGAAACCUCACUGGUUUCCAUGAGAAGAUCUGUGAUAUGAAGAGAUGCCAGAGAAACCACAGGGAUGUUCACUGAGGUCUGGAGGACAUGAGAGCCACUGGAGGGUGAACCUUUACACUCCUGACAGCCUAAACACUGCAGUCUGUGGUCUGGCAUUGGUCGGUGCAGUAGAACCGACCCUGGACCCAUUUCUGCUGUAGUGUAGAGAAUGAUUAGGGUGGAGCUACUGGCGUCCAUUGAUUGAAGGACGGUGACGUUUUGUCCCCCAACCAAUGGAGGAUAUUACUACUUACUGCUGUUGUAGUAGCAAGACGCUACGCCCAAGAAGAGAACAGUCAGUGGUAGAAAUGCUCUCCUGAUGAACACGCCAAACCUCACCGACCCGCUCGCUGUCAACGAGGUGUUGCACCAGAACGAGAUGAACGAGUUUCUCUUUAAUCAGUUCAGGUUCUACCUACAAUGUUUGCUGAUUGUCUUGAUACGCAUUAGGAAGAGGCAUUUAUCGAUAAAACCUCUGAAACUGCAUUGUUUAAAUUGUUUUCUAUAUUUUCACUGUUUUCUUGAGAGCAUUGAUACGUUUAAAUAAAUUUGAAAAAAGAUUAA